CCGCGCGGGCGGGGGCGGUCGCGCGCACGCCGAGCCGGCGUCCGGGGCGUCGCGCGCGCGUCCCGCGAUCGCCGUCGACGCGCGAGGGGGAUCGCGACGCGCGUUCGGUCGCGUCGGCGCGCGCGUUCGAUCGUCGCGCGACAGAAGCGAUCGAUCGCGUUUUGAACGCGGCGUUUUGAACCGCGUCGUUCCGUCGUCGCCGGCGACGAUGGAGCCGCUGAGAGAGGAGCUCCCGCUGUUCAAGGUGUUCAUCGCCCCCGACGCGGGACCGCGCGCCGCGGAGGUGCUCGCGUCCGGCGCGGUGACGCAAGGGCCGCUGGUGGACGCGUUCGAGCGCAAGCUCGCGGCGUUCCUCGACAACCCGCACGUGCUCUCGCUCAACAGCGGGACGAGCGCGCUGCACAUCGCGCUGCACAUGCUCAAAACGCCGGACGCCGCGUCGAGAUGGCCGGGCCUGAAGCCUGGGGACGAGGUGUUGACCACCGCGCUGACGUGCGCGGCGACGAACUGGCCGAUACUCGCGAACGGGCUUCGCCCGCGGUGGGUGGACGUCGACGCCGGCACCGCGAACGUGGACGUCAAGGUUUUGCGGCGAAAGCUGACGAGGCGCACGAAGGUGAUUCAGUUCGUGCACUGGGGCGGGACCCCGGUGGAUCUGGACGCGAUCGAGCGCGUUCGCGAGUACGCGGAGAAGAAGUUCGGGUUCCGGCCCGCGGUGAUCGAGGACGCCGCGCACGCGAUCGGCGCGGAGUGGAACGGAAUCAGAGUCGGCGCGGCGUCGCGCGGGACGAUAGCGAUCUUCUCCUUACAGGCGAUCAAGCACCUCACCACGGGCGACGGCGGGCUGCUCGCGCUGCCCACGAAGGCGAUGUACGACCGCGCGAAAGUGUUGCGUUGGUACGGGAUAUCGAGAGCGCGCGAAAACUACGACGAGAACGACUACCGGUUAGAGUCGGACGUGAAAGAGUUUGGGUUCAAGAUGCACAUGAACGACCUCGCCGCCGCGGUCGGCCUCGCGAACUUACCGCACCUGGAGACGAUCCUCGCGUCGCACAGAGCGAACGCGUCGUACUACGACAGCGCGCUGCGAGGGAUCGACGGCGUGACGCUCUUGAACGACGUCCCGCGCGGGGCGAGCUCGAGCUACUGGAUGUACAGCUUCCACGUGCGCGACAAGCCGGCGUUUAUCACAUUCAUGAAGAGCAAAAACGUCGCGACGUCGCAGGUGCACGCGAGGAACGAUACGCACUCCGUGUGCGCGCCGUUUAGGACCCCGCUCCCGGUGCUGGACGAGGUCGUGAAGACGCUCGUGAGCGUGCCCGUGGGGUGGUGGGUCACGCGUCGCGACCGGGAGUACGUCGUGGAGGCGGUGAAGGCGUUUUUCGAGACGACGCCGGCGGCGGAGGUUUCGGUUUCUUCUCCCGGGGGCGCGGCCGCGAGCGGGUCUGGAAGCGCGGCGGGGGGGGAACGCGCGGGGGGUGCGUUCUGUUGGACCGGGACGAGGUCGAAGUUAUGA